AUGGCACUUCUUUUUCAUCCCAUACUGCCAUACGGCCUAGGCGGCAUUCUUCUCUUCGGGCCCCUAGCCAUCCCCAUCUCCGUCCAGUUCCCGGGCUGCACCCCGGCUGGGACCCUCUUCUCUGGCUUCGCCCGGUUCCACCGAAGGUCAAAGCUGGAAACGCAGCAGGAGGAACUUUGUGUGGGCGGAACUCGAGUGCAGCGGCGGGAGGCUUCCGGGGGAGCUGCACGGGCGACGGGUCGGCGGAGGCAGAAAAGCGCCGGACGCCGGAGCGAUCAUGGACGCUUGACAACCUGCGGGCAGGCGCCGGGAGGCCGAGCCAGCGACCAAGAGGACCGAGAGGCGGCACGGACAGGUAGGGGCUGGCGAGAAGGCGGGCUGCGCUGGGGCCCGUACGCCAGGCUGUGCCGGACUGUCCUACUGCACGCUGGUCGCCAGGAAAGCCCGCGGCCGCGCCGCCCCGCCCCCGCCCCGGAGAGUGCGCCCCGCGGCUUCUUACUCCACGCCUGCGGCCCUGCCUGGAGCACGCCGCCCGCCUUUAAGUCCAUCCCAGCUCGCGACCCUCAGCUUCCUCACUGUGGCUGCUCUCGGUCCCCACCCCCAAAAGCUGCUCCUUUGCCCCUCUCCCGUCCAUCAAAAUACCGCCCAUGCCUGACGGGAAUUCAUCUCCGCCAGGUCCCUAGCCUCCUCCUCCCGCCCUCCCACUCCAGAAGAAAGUGA